UGUUACACUUGCAGAUGUGAUAUCAGGAGCACUUGGCAGGAAGGGCCAGGUACAAACACACUUGGAAAAUCAGUCUAGAUACCACAUACAGCAGAGCCAGAGGCACCAGGUGAAGCAGUACCUGACCCUCGAUACCAAGCUGUCCAGCCAGACGCUCGCCCUGUCCCACUCUCACACAAUCCAGCCAGUGGGAGUGAGCUCCAUUCUCCGGAGUGGACCCAUGCCUCCCGUGAGCAGUGCUGGCACUGCAGAAAGCCCUGUCACCAAGCUGCUGGCCCUCGGGGGCGAACACGAAAAUGCGAUGGAAGAAGUUAUUGAAGACAUAAUCAAUAUGGAAUCAAAUUUUAAUGAUGAAGGGAUAGGUUGUUCUGAAACUCCUUUACUAAUGCAAAGAACUCUAUCUAGCAGCAUUUUGGAUAUAUAUAACAGUGACCAGGGAAUGGCACCAGCUAAUAUGGGUCUCACAAAUGCUUCUUGCCCAGCUAAUCUACCAGUAAAAAGGGAACUUACAGCAGAUACAAGAGCAAUGGCAAAGGAGAGACAAAAAAAGGAUAACCACAAUCUCAUUGAGAGAAGAAGAAGGUAUAAUAUUAAUUACCGAAUCAAGGAGCUUGGCACACUCAUCCCCAAGUCUAAUGAUCCUGAUAUGCGCUGGAACAAAGGAACUAUUUUAAAAGCAUCGGUAGAGUACAUCAAGUGGCUACAAAAAGAACAACAGAGAGCCAGAGAAUUAGAACACAGGCAGAAGAAAUUAGAGCAUGCUAACAGAAGACUUCUGCUCCGAAUUCAGGAACUGGAGAUCCAGGCACGUGCACACGGCCUUCCAGUCAUGUCUUCACUCAGUGCUGUUGAUUUAGCUGCACAAGUCAUCAAGCAACAGUCUUAUCCAGAGGAGAACUCUGUAGACUACUCUCAACAAAUGACUCUGGUACAUAGACAAAAUUCUGAUGUCUGCGAUGGAUCUACAGCCUUUUCUGAUCCACUUUCACACUUCACAGAUUUGUCUUUCAGUGCAGCUUUAAAAGAAGAACAACGACUAGAGGAAAUUUUAUUGGAGGACACAGUGUCACCAUUUGGAACAGACCCACUCUUGUCCUCCACAUCUCCAGCUGCAUCAAAAGAGAGCAGCAGGAGAAGCAGCUUUAGCACAGAUGACGGAGAUGAUUUAUAGAAGCAGAAAGGGUCUCACACUUUCUCUAAACACUUGUUAAAAGACUGAGUUGAACGUAAACAUGGUGUUUGCUCUUAUUUUAAACACCUCUAAGGAGAGACACUAUAAAAUUCAAUUACUACAUAAGUGUUUCAAUCAGCCCUUACUUUACAGGAAAACAAGAUGGACAUGAAUCCAUAUCAUUCUGCACCAAAUUCACCCUCUGUUCACAGCCAACAUUUGCAUAAAACUUUCUUCACUGGGAAUAUUUUUACUAUCAUUUGCUGA